CUUCUUUUACUGCUUUUGUUUUUUGAUUUGCUUCUGUAUAGUACUGCUCUCCAUUGAUUUAUUGCUCAUGCCGUUCUUUCUCCUUUCUGUUAUUAUACUGUCUUCUGAUUAAUCCCGGAGAUAUCCCUAGUGCGAGUCAUAAUAGUAUAUUAACAAAUGGUUCCAAUUUGAUGCAAUCCAUUCUAUUUAGUGUACAGUUUUUCUCCCCAUGCUUUGAUGAGUGGAUCUUUGUUGCUACUCGAGCAAGUACAACAUUUGAAGCAACAACCAAUUCUAAAUUCAAAGCCUGAUAAAUAAACUAAUUAGUAUGUUUUCAGAUUGGUUAGACUACAACCUUUGUUCCCAGAGCUCUCUGCAGAAGCAAAAUUGUAAUGGAAGAUGCUAACCAGUCGGGAUUCAAGCUUCCACCAGAAUUUCAGGAGUAUGCAAGAGCUCCACUAAUUGAACCAAAUUCUACUGAGCUGUGGCUCAUACAAUGGCCUAAAGAUCAAAUUUCUGAUUUUGAUGGGCAACAGCUCUUGUUGGACCUUCAUCAACAUGAUGGGCGCUGUUGAAAGUUCAUCUGCUUUUCACAUGAAAAGGAGGGAAAUUGUUCUUGAUCUUUUUAGAUCAUGUAGCAAUUGCAGCUCAGUGAUACAAUUGCAUUCUCUCACCAUCAAGACUGGGUUUCUGCAAGAUAGUUUUAUUGCUGCUAAAUUGAGCAAUUGCUAUGCCAAAUAUGCGACGCUCGAAACCACAUGCAAGCUGUUUGACGAAACGCUUCAACCGACUGUGUAUUUAUGGAACUCCAUCCUCAAAUGCUACUGUAAAGAGAUGCUAUAUGUUGAAACUCUUCAACUCUUUCGUGAUAUGAACACUGUCGAAAAACCUGACCAGGCUACGAUAUCGAUUGCUUUAAAGGCUUGUUCUGGAUUAUUGGAGCUCAGGUAUGGAAGAAUGCUUCAUGGGUUUGUCAAAAAGAGUUAUGAGAUGGAUUCGGAUUUGUUUGUGGGGUCUUCUCUGAUUGAAAUGUAUUCAAAAGGUGGACAAAUGGAUGAAGCUUUAAGAGUUUUUGAGGAAUAUCCAGAGCCUGAUAUUGUUAUGUGGACCCAUAUUGUUACCGGGUACCAGCACAAUGAUGGUUCAGAUUUAGCACUGGAGUUCUUCUCAAGAAUGUUAAUGGAGGGGAAUGUUAAUCCAGAUUCGGUAACUCUGGUUAGCGUUCUUUCCGCCUCUGCGCAGUUGGUGAAUGUGAUGGCGGGAAGUUGUGUUCAUGGAUUUGUAAUUAAGAAAGGGUUUGACAAGGGUCUGUCAGUGUGUAAUGCCUUACUUAACUUUUACGUGAAAUGUGGUUGCGUUAGUGCUGCAGCUAUGUUAUUCAGGGAAAUGAAACAGAGAGAUAUCAUUUCAUGGGCCUCAAUGAUUUCUUGUUAUGCUCAUAAUGGCGCUGCUGAUGAAGCACUAAAUCUUUUCAAUGAGAUGAUGCGUAAAGGAGUUGAAGCCAAUUCAGUGUCUGUUAUAAGCGCUCUUCAAGCAUGUGAAGCCACCGGGAACUUGGAAGAAGGCAAGAAAAUUCAUGAACUUGCCGCAAGGAAAGGGUUUGAGUUAGAUGCCUUUGUUUCUACAUCUCUGAUUGACAUGUACAUGAACUGCUCUUCCCCUGAUGAAGCCAUUGAACUCUUCAAAAGAAUGGCUAAAAAAGAUGCAGUUUCUUGGAUGACUUUGAUAAACGGAUGUGUUCAAAAUGGAAUGGCAUUCAAGUCAAUUGAGCUUUUUGUUAACAUGUUAUCCAAUGAAAUCCAACCAGAUGUUAUUCUUAUGGUGAAAAUCCUCACAGCUUGUUCGAAUUUAGGAGUUCUUCAACAAGCACUGUGCCUUCACAGUUAUGUCAUCAAGUGUGGCUUUGAAUACAAUCCUUUUGUAGGGGCUUCACUCAUUGAAUCUUACUCGAAAUGUGGUAGUUUGUGUAAUGCCAUCAAAGUAUUCAAAGGCAUAGAUCAUAAAGAUGUUGUCAUCUGGAGCUCAAUGAUUGCUGGUUAUGGAAUUCAUGGGAAGGGUAGGGAAGCUCUGGAGUUAUUCGAUUACAUGGUCAAGAUUUCAACAAUCAAACCGAACAAUGUGACAUUCCUUUCAAUUUUAUCUGCUUGCAGUCAUGCAGGCUUGAUUAAAGAAGGCGUGGAACUGUUCAACACCAUGUUAAAUGAGUACCGACUUACGCCUGAAUCAAAUCAUUAUGCAAUAAUGGUUGAUCUUUUUGGGAGAAUGGGAGAAUUGGAUAAGGCGAUUGGCGUUAUUAAUGAUAUGGGUGUACCGGCCGGGCCUCAGAUUUGGGGGGCAUUGCUUGGUGCUUGUAGGAUUCAUCACAACACAAAAUUGGGAGACGUGGCAGCAACUAACCUGUUCCUGUCUGAUUCCAGUCAAGCUGGAUACUUGAUUCUUUUAUCAAAUAUGCAUGCUGCCAAUAACGAUUGGGAUAUUGUAGCAAAACUUAGAACAAUGAUUAAAAGAAAUAAGUUGCUUAAGGUACAUGGUCAAAGUGCAAUUGAGGUUAAGAGUGAGGUUAAUAGUUUCAAAGCAAAUGACCGAAUUCACCCUCAGGCCGAAGCUAUUCAUGGGCUGCUUUGGUCAUUGGAAAUGGUUAUGAGGGAAGAUGGUUAUGUACGUGAUAUGGGUUGAUGAUUCUUUCUAAGUUGUAUAUAGUUUCCGAAGAGAGGUUAAUGCAUGAAAUCGAAAAUUUCUACCUUUUGUAUCCGCUGGAGCUGAGGGCACCAACACUUUGCUGCAUUGUCUUAACAAAAGUCAUGGUACGAGGAGAGCUGUCGAGCAAGUAGGCUUUCACAUCUGAAGGUAUUUCAAACGAACAUCUACUUGGCCUUGCAAACUGAUUGUUGUACCUAAGAGCGCGAUUCAAACACUUCAAGUUGCAAAAGGGUGAAUUAAGAUUCACCAACUUUUCUGGAAACAAAAAGAGAAUAUUAACAAUAGCCGUUAAGAGCGUGAGGGAUGUAGUGUUAUGAAAAGCCUGAAACUAGGAGAUGAGACCAUCAAACGUCCUCUCCUGAUCAUGCCUACGAAAGCAAAAACCACUGAAAUCGAUGAGCACGGUGUCAAGAACCAGAAGACCAUCAUGGUUCCAAAAAGUAAGAAAACCAAACCCUUCAUACUCAAAAGAAUUUGAGGUUUGGAGUUGUGAGCCCCCCACAGUCGAACCAUCAACCUGAGAUUGCUAAAUCUGAAAGUCUUGGAGCGUAAACAUCGAGAGAUUUGCCAUUUGUAUGAAGAUGACACUCAUGCAACAUCAACUUCUAACAUUGGGAACUCCGAGAAGGGUUCGAGUGUCAUUAUGGUUGCCCGUCUGAGGUUCAAACAGUUAGAUUCUUUAAUGAUCCCGAUAGUAACGGACCACUAACAUGACACCAAGAUUCUAGUUUCAGGCUUGUCAAUGAGUCGGAGGAGCCAAUCGGCCAGGUACCAUUUUCACUACACUGGAUAAAUACUUCCAACUGGUAGACACCGUGCGAAAAUGAAUAAUCUACAACUUCGUUUAAUAUCUUGGUACUGCAUAUUCCGCCAUAACGGUUGAAGGUUAACCUGUUCAACUUGGCGGAUUGAUCACGAUAACUCAAAACCUUUGUUCUCAAUCAUAUUGAACACGCUUAGUCUAGGGAAAAAGUGUUCAAGUGUAGAACCGGCAUCGACGUCCAGAAUGUACGCCACGAUCUUGACAGCAACGUGUUUAAACGGCGUGUUUGGUGUCGAGAAAAGAGAAAAUGUGAAGCUGCAGGGAGUCCGGCAAGUUAUCGAGUCUGUCCAAUUCCAUUUUUGCCCUCUUCUCCAUAAUCAGUUCAUCUUCAUACAUUAUUUUCCUUUUGGUCUUCAUGUCUGCAGUUGGUUGAAGAAUGAAGAAGAAUAAGAGAGGGUAUGUAUACAUUCUAUGAGUGGAGGAUAAUUGCAAGUAAAUGCAAAAUCUUAUUUAUAUGAUA